AUGAAAAUGGGAAACACCACCAAAGUGAGAGAAUUCUUCGUGCUGAGAUUCUCGGAGGUCCUGGAGCUGCAGCUGGUCCACGCAGCGCUGUUCCUCCUGGUUUACCUGGUGGCUCUGAUGGGGAAUCUCCUCAUCGUCGCCAUCAACGCCCUCGACCGGCGCCUCCACACCCCCAUGUACUUCUUCCUCAGGAACCUGUCCGUCCUCGACCUCUGCCUCGUCUCUGUCACCGUUCCCAAGUCCACCCACAACUCCCUGAUCAAUGGCAGCGCCAUCUCUCUAUGGGGUUGCGUGGCCCAGGUCAUUUUUGUGAUUUCGUUUGCUUUUUCGGAGUUGUCCCUCCUCAGGGCGAUUUCCUAUGGCUGUUACGCGGACAUCUGCCACUCCCUCUGCUACAAGGUCAUCAUGGACCGAUGGGCCUGUGGGAAGAUGUUCACGGCUUCGUGGCUCAGCGGGGGCCUGUUCGGGGCAAUGUACACAGCAGGGACAUUGACAAUGAGCUUCUGUGGCUCUACCUUGAUCCAGCAGUCCUUCUGCGACAUCCCCUCCUUACUGAAGAUCUCCUGUUCUGAAACUCACGUUGUCAUCGAUGUCAGCGUGGCCACUGCAUUUAGCUUGGCUUUCACCUCCUUCAUUUUCAUCUUUGUCUCAUACGUGCACAUUUUCGUGCUGAGAAUGCAGGCCGCCGAGGGCCGGGCCAAAGCCUUCUCCACCUGCCUGCCCCACCUCGUCGUUGCCACAAUCUUCUCGAUUGGAGCCGUUGCCUAUCUCAAGCCCGUGUCAGACUCCCCCACGACCCUGGACCUGCUGGUGUACAUGCUGUACAGCACGGUGCCCCUCGCCCUGAACCCCCUCAUCUACAGCCUGAGGAACCGGGACUUGAAGGCCGCCCUCGGGAGGGUCCUGCAGGGGCAUACAUUCCUCCAGAAUAAUGAUCCCCUCUUUUUGACCGACAUUUAUCCCCAGAAUGUUUGCAAACUCACUUCCAUCUGCUGCCCUCUGCGCUUCAACAGCAUCAUGGAACGAGAGGCCUGUGGAAAGUUGGCCGCCGUCUCCUGGCUUAGCGGAGGGCUUUUCGGGGCAAUGUAUUCAGCCGGGACGUUCAUAUUAAGCUUCUGUGAGUCCAACGUGAUCCAGCAGGUCUUCUGCGAUGUCCCUUCCUUACUGAAGAUCUCCUGUUCGGAAACGCUUGUUGUCGUUGACGUCAGCGUGGAUAUGGGUAUUGGCUUUGGUUUUGUCUCCAUCGUCGUCUUCUACAUCCUCAUCUUCUCAGCCGUGCUGAGGUUCCCGUCCAAUGAUAGUCAGGCCAAAGCCUUCUCCACCUGCCUGCCCCACCUCGCCGUGGUCACUGUUUUUCUCUCGACCGGAAGCUUCCCCCCCACGGUACUCAUACAAAUACUCGUGCUCUACUAUUUCUCCUACUCCUGA